AUGAAUUAACCACAGACUCGACAAGUGUAGAAGUUAACAAUCGACGAUAAAUAAAAAUUUGAAUUAUAAAAGGAAAUAUUCAUCACCAUCAGAUUAAUCGAUAUGGUAGAAAAGUGUGCAUAAUUGGCUGAUGACAAAAUAACCCCAGAAAAACACUCCCAGGAAAUCACAAAGUUGAUCGAAAGGUACAAAAACUUCACCUCCAAAAUCGACAAAUACGAUCUCAACUCAUUCAUCAAGGAAUAUGGACUGGAAGAUUGCAAAUUCGGAAUCGACAGAAUAAACAAAGGCCCUCCCCAAAUCAAACAAGGCAACAGAAUUCAAUUAGUCGUCGAUAUCAUGCAAAGAUUCUAUUUGAUGCAAGACAUCAUCCUCGAAAACAAGGACAACCCAAAAACACAAAUCUUCAAACCCAUUGUCGACCAGUUGAUCAUGUUCCUCAACAGAGCCAAAACAGAACUCCCCCCAUACAAAUCAUAUUUAGAAGAACUACAAUAAUUUUCCAAACAACAUCUAGAAAAUUAGAUUAUCGGAGUCAUACCCGAAGAUGAAUUUCAAAAGUUCGAAAGCAUUAUAGAUCUGGCUUAGCAGAGUUUUAUGACAUCCCAUUCACAACAAUGA